AUGGGCUCCGUGCUGCCCGGCUCCUCUCUGGGUCUGAAGCCGGCCUUUAAGCCCCAGCAGCAGCAGCCUCUCUCUCUCGCGGACAUCAUCACCUCGGACAUCCUGCACAGCUUCCUGUACGGACGCUGGAGGCACGUGCUGGGCGAGCAGCCGCACCAUCACGCGCACCAGCAGCAUCACCUGCAGCACGAGGACCGAACGGCUCCGAGCGCGAGCCCCAAGACCGCCUUCACUGCCGAGGUGCUCGCGCAGUCCUUCUCCGGAGAGGUCCAGAAGUUGUCCAGUCUGGUUUUACCCAGUGAGGUGAUCAUCGCUCAGAGUUCAGUCCCAGGUGAAGGUUUGGGUAUCUUCUCUAAGACCUGGAUUAAAGCAGGAACAGAGAUGGGACCGUUCACCGGACGCCUCAUCUCACCUGAACACAUCGACCUGUACAAGAACAACAACCUCAUGUGGGAGGUGUUUAACGAGGACGGGACAGUUCGGUAUUUCAUCGACGCCAGUCAGGAGGACCAGAGGAGCUGGAUGACGUACAUUAAGUGUGCGAGGAACGAACAGGAGCAGAACCUGGAGGUGGUUCAGAUCGGCAGCAGCAUCUUCUACAAAGCCGUGGAGACGAUCCCUCCGGACCAGGAGCUGCUCGUCUGGUACGGAAACUCUCACAACACGUUCCUGGGAAUACCGGGAAUACCGGGAGGAGACGAAGAGCAAAUCAAGAAGGCUAAGAGCGAUGAGUUCCACACCUGUGAAGGCUCCUCCUCUUUGUCCUCCUCCUCCUCCUCUUCCUCCUCUUCCUCCUCUGCACCCUCUUUAAGUGUCGGUCGCAUGCGUUGCGUCAUCUGCCACCGAGGCUUCAACUCCCGCAGCAACCUUCGCUCCCACAUGCGCAUCCACACACUGGACAAGCCGUUCGUCUGCCGCUUCUGCAACCGCCGCUUCAGCCAGUCGUCCACGUUGAGGAACCACGUCCGCCUGCACACCGGCGAGCGGCCUUACAAGUGUCACGUCUGCCAGUCCGCUUACUCCCAGCUGGCCGGGUUGCGGGCGCAUCAGAAGAGCGCCCGGCACCGACCCACCGGAGGCGACCCUGCAGCCGCCGGCAGAGGAGUGGUGGUGGUGGGAGGAAACCUGCACGCUGCUCACUCUCCUCCCACUAACAACCCUCCUCAGCUCACCAGCGUGCCGCAUCCUGCUUCACUGGUCCACCACAUCCCCACCAUGGUGCUGUGA